UUUGCCUCCGAAUUGACCCAAAUAAAGGCUCAUUCACUGAAUGACGGGGUGGGGGGGUCUCCCUGGCCCCGGUGGUGCACGCGGGCACACACACGCGAGCCUGCAACAGUCGCUGAGGGGAGGCGAGAGGCGAGUCCCCGUCAGACAGAGUAAUUCUCGGCUCCGUCCCAAAUGGUUCCCUAUUUCUUUUAUAGUGCUUACCUUUGACCAGGGUCUGUAAGGCUAGGGUCAAAAAUAGGGCACUGUGUAAGGGAUAGAGUGCCAUUUGCGACGGAAACCUCUCUCUCCUCUCCUGGAGUCAUCCCAUUUGAUAUUGUGGCUUGUCCAAUCAGCGGAUACCCUCCGCUCGUCAACCGUUUGUCUUGACUCGCUUCCCCGCUGUAGGCUACAACCUCUCCGGUCUCUGGCCGGUGCUCUGCUGGCGCCACGGAGCUCCAGAGCCGCCCUGGUAACGAUUUCCACGUUUCGGCGAUGAGGAUUUAUCAUUUCUAAACAGGGGAGAAUGGAGAAACCCGGUUGAGAUGGUUCUUUUAUUAAGAUCCGACCGGGACACACAUCAACAACAACUAAAAUAACAGUUUUGUUGUGCGGAGUAACAGAACACACGUGCUCGUCGUCACCGACGCAGGAGGAUUGUUUUGUUUGAGUGGCCAGGGAUUUGCAUAUGUUUUUUCAUUUAAAAACAUCAUGCACGACAAGGCGACAGACACUCAGGCUUCGACACCGUCAAAAGUCUCCUCGUUUUACAUCGAAAACCUACUCGGCUCGAGGAAGAAUGAAGAGUCAACGUAUUUCAACGGACAGGUCAACAACAACAACAACAGCCAGUAUAGUAGCAGGACCGCGGAGGAGAGUAUGGAGCGGAAUGAGAUGGUCUACCCGAGCCGAGUCUUAGCGGGACAUCCCAGCCAAGUGGCCGGUCAAUUGGCAGCCUGCUCCGGCCUCGGCGCCGAGGGUUCCCCCCGGAGAGACUCACAGUUUGAACGGAACAGAGGAGCCGCAGCCGUUAACGUAGAACCACUCAGUCUCAAAAGGUCCAACAAUCCCAACGAGGACAGCAGAUGCUCAGAUUACGGUUGCUGCUCCCACUCAGCCAGCGACCGAGACUCCGUCUCUUCCGCCGUGUCAGAAGAACCCACUGAAGGCAGCGACAAAACGGGACGGAAAACGGCAGACAGCAGCCUGACCGACGACAACGACGAGACGCAGAACGCCUUUGACGAUCAGUCGGACCCGGAAGCCCCUCUGGACCCGAGCUCUGUCCGGAAGAAGAAAACUAGAACCGUUUUCAGUCGGAGUCAGGUGUUUCAGUUGGAGUCGACGUUCGAUAUGAAACGGUACCUGAGCAGUUCUGAACGGGCAGGUAUCGCGGCCUCUCUCCAGCUGACGGAAACGCAGGUGAAAAUCUGGUUCCAGAAUCGACGGAACAAAUGGAAGAGACAGAUGGCCGCGGAUCAAGAGACCGUAAACGUUUCCCACUCGUCCCAACGGAUAGUCCGAGUUCCGAUUCUAUAUCACGAAAGCUCCACGCCCUCGACGUUGGGUUUCAACGUGUCCCAGGUCUCCCCUCCGUUGAUGAGUUUCUCGAACCCUGUGAACUAUCCCUUCUCCUCCUCUGCGCACUCCGUGAGUUUAUUACGCUCGCAAAUGACCGGGUUGGUGUAAAGACCGGGUUGGUGUAAAGACCGGGUUGGUGUAAAGACGGUUACCGAGCUUUCACUUCUUUGUUGCUCACGUCAUGUUAUUAAUUUAUUCAAUUAUUGAAGAUGGCGAAUCGUGCAAAUAACAAUAACUGCAAUGGCCGCGGAAAACUAUACAAGUCAAACAGUUUGAAGAUAUGGGCUCUAGACUUACAAUUGAUCGCGGUGUUUUUUUUAAAUGUUAUAAAUGUACUAUUUUAAAUAUCUAAUUGUAUUAUAUUAUCGCCACCCUAGAUAAUGAUAGUGUUUGUGCCGGUCCACAUUGCUAUGUUUUUUUAAUAUACAUUUAUUUGUGCAAAGACUUUUAUACUCAAAGCCCGUUUCUAACGUCACUUUUUUUCUCCACAAUAUAGCUCUAAAUAAACGAAUCACAAGAUA